AUGUUCUUGCACAAGUCCGACUAUAUACCAAUGUCAAACGAGACUUGUUCGGAUGGAUGUCUGUCGCCAAGAGUGUCGUCGCCCGACAGCCAUUACACACUGACCGUGUCCAGUCCACUGUCGACGGCCUCCGAUCCAGGCAUGUCGUCGCAGCCCUACACGCCGAACUACGCCUCCUGGGGCGCCCAGGACUACUACGGCGAGAACAACAACCUGUACAACAAGUACGACUACAAGUACAAGUCGCAGCGGGUGGGCUGCAGCAGCAGCAUGAGCUCCUACGACUCGCAGGACUACUACCGCGACUCCUUCGACAGUAAGUACAAGAAAGACAGUAAGAAAGGGCCGGCGCCGCCGCAGGCCGGCGUCGAGGUGAUGAAGAAGCGCAGGCUGGCGGCGAACGCCCGCGAACGACGGCGGAUGAACAGUUUGAACGACGCCUUCGACCGUUUGAGGGACGUCGUGCCGUCGCUCGGCAACGACAGGAAACUGUCGAAGUUCGAGACGCUGCAAAUGGCCCAGACUUACAUUUCGGCCCUGCAUGAACUCUUGCAAAGGGAUUAG